AUGGCAGCAGACAGCUCUCUCAACUCCCAACGGGUGUUCAAAAAAUCGUCCCCCAACAAUAAGCUCACCUUAUACCUGGCGUCGCGGGACCUUGUGGUGGAGACGAACAGCAUCGACCGCAUACAGGGUGUUCUGCACGUGGACCCCGAACACGUGGAUAAUAAGAAGCUGUAUGGGCAAGUCACUCUUACAUUCAGAUAUGGACGUGAAGACGAAGAGGUGAUGGGCUUGAAAUUCUGCAAUGAGGCCAUCAUGAGCCUCGCCCAAGUGUGGCCUCUGAACUGCAAUCACGAGAGGGAACCAAGCACCGCUUUACAGGAGGCUUUAAUGAAGCGCCUAGGCGCCCACGCGUACCCGUUUCAACUGGAGCUUACGCCGCUGGCGCCCCCUAGCGUGCAGCUGGUACCCGCUAAGCAGUACCACGGGGCGCCCAUUGGUACCUCUUAUGACGUUCGGGCUUUUAUCGCGGAGAAAGUCGACGAGAAGGUAUCGCGGCGCAACAUGGUGCGCAUGGGCAUCAGGGUGCUGCAGGGCGCGUCGCGCGCCGCGGCCGCCGCCGCGCUGCCGCCGCCGUCGCCCGCGCAUAGCUCCCUGAGCGCUAUGGCCCACCACCAGUUACUGAGGUACUGUUUGAUACCCGCAGAAUCAGGCGAAUGCUCCAACCCCACAGAGCCGGCCGCGCCUCGCGUCGUCGUUGAAAAACCGUUCCUGCUUUGCGAUGGUCGGCUAAGGCUGGAAGCGUGGCUGGACAAGUCCGCAUACCACCACGGCGAGCCUAUCGUCGUGAGCUUCUCCAUCAUCAACCACUCCAACAAGACUGUUCGACGCAUCAAGGCAAUGGUCGUCCAACAUGUGGACGUUUGCAUGUUUUCGAACGGCAAGUUCAAGAACGUGGUGGCCUUCGAAAAGGACAACACCCCCGUGCUGCCCGGGCAGAGUCUCGACGGCUCCUACACUAUGAUACCUAGCGUGGUGGUUCAGCACGUAGAGGUGUGCAUGUUCUCCGACAGCAAGUUUAAGAACGACGUGGCAAUGGUCGAGGAUGACACCACUCUCGUGCCGCCGGGGCAGCGGCUGGAUGAAACCUAUACCAUGACACCCAGCAGGGGUGUUACAAAGAACUGGAUAGCCCUCGAGGAUUCCUAUUCCAAAACCGGGGCCUGCCUGGCAUCCACGGUCCUCUGCAGUUCAAACUCACCCGAAGACCGCAACGUGUUUGCCAUUUACGUGUCCUACUAUGUGAAGAUAAAACUGAACGUCAGCGGUAUAGGCGGAGAACUGUCAGUUAAGCUGCCCUUCUCGCUGUCACAUGCUAACAUUAAUGAAGCUCCUACUGACAGUGUAAUGGAAGAAGCUACGCACCGCAUGAUCCUCGAAGGUAGAGAGAACAGUGACGACGAAGAUGAAGAUGAAGAUGAUAAAGAGGACGAACAAGCCACCGCCGACGAAAAUCAACAAUCUGACUUAGAGGAUGACUCAAAAAAUUUAAACAGGCGUCGAUGCGUCUCCGCCGACGUUUGCGUUAACAUCAUUGAGAACAAAUUAUGUGAGAGGCCGCGCUUUGAAGGGCCAACUCAGGUCCGUAAGUGCAAGCAAGACGAUGAUGACAUGAACCUUAUUGUCCGCUACCCCGGCCCGGAUACGUGAUCCGACGAGGAGCCGGACGUAACCAACGGGGCAAGCAAGACUGAUGAAGCAACGAAAGCUACACCGCGCAUGAUAGACGUCCACGCGAACGUCGAACAGAAAUCCAGCUUCUUUGGAAAGCUGAGGCAGUCGGUUUGCUGCUUGAACCGUCGUCACUCGUAAACUGGACUGUAAAAGUCUUUGCCUUCGACAAUUAACAUAGUGAUGUUAAACUGUUUUAAUAAACAUUGGUAUUAUUAGGAUAAACCCAAGCUUCAAAUUACCCGCAGUCCAAUGACAUUGAAAUGUCAAUCGUUUUCAUGUUUAUCUAGUCAGUAAUUUUAAAAGUUAUCACUGUAUAAUUGUUAGAUUAAGGAUGGAAGUCAGAAGACUUGGUGGUGCCGAAUUAAGCCUGAAUGGAGUACGCUUACUAAAUUAUAGUAGAUUAGAUUUUUAGCGUCAUUAAGAUCUACAUUAUUAUGAAAAAUAUUGAAAAUGUUUUUCGUUUCACUGACAUUUUGCUAAU